AGACAUUUUAAGACAUUUUAAGACACUUUUCACGCAUUUUGUGUCCAAACUCUUCACUCAUUUCAUUGAAUUGUUUCGCAAAUUUGAGUCCAUUUUGUCUGCAAUUCAUUGAUUCACUCCAUAAUCACAUCGACUGAGCAUUAGAUGGAUUCACUCGAAGACCAAUCAAACGGAGCGUCGACUCCGAUGGCGGUCGACAUCGACAAUACCGACAACACCGACAGCACAUCCAAAGAGCCGACCGUCGAGGAGGCAACGACUGGCGCACAACAAGCCGUCACUUCAAACGUGAAACCCGUUGGACAGCCUUUGGUUGACUUCCUCCACCACUUGGAAGACUAUACGCCAACCAUCCCCGAUGCGGUGACCGUUCACUACCUCAACACAUCCGGCUUCGAGACAUCGGAUCCCAGAAUAGUACGGCUGAUCUCAGUGGCGGCCCAGAAGUUCAUCUCAGAUGUGGUGAACGAUGCGCUACAACACUGUAAGAUGAGAGGCGCGGGACAGUCGAAGAAGACGUCCAAAGACAAG